AUGCAUUUGGUUCUCCACUGCUUGCACUCCAAGGAUGCCAAGAGUCAGAUCGUCAGCGACAAAGAGUUUUUUGAGGAGGCGCAAAAACAGAUGCCAGCCGCAGCAGCGAUGGCGCCUGGCUAUCCCAACUCCGUCUCUUUGCAGGGCGCAGCGGGCGCAGCGGGCGCAGCGGGUGCAGCGGGCGCAGCGGGCGCAGCAGCGGGCGAGGCCGCCGGCAACACGGUGGCCAUCCCGGUUGGCAAAUCGCUGCAUUCCAACAAGAAGUGCGUGGACGACCCUGGUCACGUGCUUUGUGACAACGAAGCCUCUUCCAGGGGCCGCAACGACAAAUGGCCCGACACGUUUGAGGUCACCCACGAGAAUGGGAAGAUCUGCGCUCGGCGAACUGAUUACGAAGUUCCUUGGGGUAUGGACUUGGUCCUCCACUGCUUGCACUCCCAGGAUGCAGCAUCUCGAGUUGUCAGCAACAAGGAGUUCUUGGUCGAGGCCAAGAGCGAAAUGACGGGGGCACAGGUAGAGGCCCUUGUGGAGUCCGGGGCAGCUUCGGAGGGCGCAGCGGGCGCCGCGGGUGCAGCGGGCGCAGCGGGCACUGCAGCAGCGGGCGAGGCCGCCGGCAACACGGUGGCCAUCCCGGUUGGCAAAUCGCUGCAUUCCAACAAGAAGUGCGUGGACGACCCUGGUCACGUGCUUUGUGACAACGAAGCCUCUUCCAGGGGCCGCAACGACAAAUGGCCCGACACGUUUGAGGUCACCCACGAGAAUGGGAAGAUCUGCGCUCGGCGAACUGAUUACGAAGUUCCUUGGGGUAUGGACUUGGUCCUCCACUGCUUGCACUCCCAGGAUGCAGCAUCUCGAGUUGUCAGCAACAAGGAGUUCUUGGUCGAGGCCAAGAGCGAAAUGACGGGGGCACAGGUAGAGGCCCUUGUGGAGUCCGGGGCAGCUUCGGAGGGCGCAGCGGGCGCCGCGGGUGCAGCGGGCGCAGCGGGCACUGCAGCAGCGGGCGAGGCCGCCGAUGGCUCGGUGGACUUGGUCAUUGGCAGCAGCCUCACUGCAAACCUGAAGUGCGUGACACCUGUCGGCCCCAUGACUUGUCCUCCAACAGCCUCUCAGGCGCACAGUUGGAGCAGUCAGCCAGAUACGUUCAAGAUCUACCCGAAGCCAAACGGCGACAUUUGUGCGGAACGCACGGACUACGCCAAGCCCUGGGGCUCCCACCUGGUGGUGAGCUGCAGCAAGGUUGGGGAUUGGGAAGUACCCAAGUACAAGGACUCCUAUGUGUCUCCCGAUAUGGUGUCCAUCACGGUUGGUAGCUCGCUUGAUGCCAACAAGAAGUGCGUGGACGACCCAGGGCACGUGCUUUGCGACAACGAAGCCUCUGCUAGGGGCCGCAACGACGAAUGGCCCGACACGUUUGAGGUCACCCACGAGAAUGGGAAGAUCUGCGCUCGGCGAACUGAUUACGAAAAACCUUGGGGUAUGCACUUGGUCCUCCACUGCUUGCACUCCGAGGACGCAACUUCUCACGUCGUUAGCAAUGAGAAGUUUUUGGAGGCAGAGGAAGGUGGAGACGGUGGAUCAUCUCACGAGUUCGAGAACGCAGAGGUUCCGCCAGUGGCAGGGCAACCCUACGAGCUGGCCAUCGGAAGCAGCCUCACCUCCAGCUCGAAGUGUGUCUUCGCCCCGGGCCCCGUGACUUGCCCUCCAACAGCUCUGCAGGCGCACGUCCCGGGACAGCCAGAAGACAAGUUCAAGAUCUACAAGAACGAGCGCGGUCAAAUCUGUGCUGACCGCGUGGAGCCCACUGCCUCAUGGGGCGCCCACCUAGUCGUGACCUGCACGAAGGAUACAGAUUGGGCCACGCCCAAGCACAAGGUAUCUGAUCAGGGCCCCGGUAUGGUGGAGAUCCCGGUGGGCAGCAGCUUGAACUCGGUGACGAAGUGCGUGAAAGAUCCUGGAGAUGUCCACUGCAACAACGAGGCCUCGCAGCGAGGCCGCACCGGAGAAUGGCCCGACACGUUCGACAUCUACCACCAGAACGGCCAGAUUUGCGCCAAGCGCACGGACGAAUCGCAGCCUUGGGGUAUGCACUUGGUGCUCCACUGCAAACUCAAGGCAACAGCGAUUGCUCCGGCACCGCCACCUGAGCCCUUCAACUGCUACGUGGACCUGCCAGUGGAUUGGCCUUCCCAGAAGCGGACCUACUGCUGCGCCAACAAGAAGUUGGGCUGCGACGCGCUGGGUCCGGAAGAGCCGGAUUGCGAUGGCACGGAAAUCGACUGGGAGUCCUGCCCGAACCCGACCAGCUGCGACACGUGCGUGCCCGUGGACUGCGAGUUUGGCGCCUGGAGCGCGUGGAAGACGGAGCCGGGCUUCGAGUGCAGCGGACUACGUUACCGUCGGCGUGGCUUUGCUCGGGAGAACAACCAUUGUGGCGAGCCUUGUCGUGGCCAAACCGUCGACUCAGAGGCGUUUAUGCCGCCAGAGUGCAAGGGCGACGUCACCGUGGAUUGCAAGUUCUCCGACUGGAGCGACUGGGCUGGCAACUGCUCUAGCGAGCAUGAACAGCUGCAGCGUGGCCGGCAGGUUCUGCACGAUUCCAACAGCCCCUUGCGGAUGCAGUGUGAUGGUGCUUUGAAGCAGUCGCGAGCCUGUACUGCCAAGCCGCCAGACUGCCAGUUCUCAGCGUGGCAUGAUUGGUCCCAGUGCAGUACGACCUGCGGCUUGGGCAGGAGGCAGCGCAUGCGAGACCUCGAUGAGGACAGCAUUGCUCACGGCCUGCCCUGUGAUGUUGGCACCCUUCUCUACACUGAGGAAUGUGAGGAGCAGCCCUGCGAUCAGAUUGAUUGCGUCCUCAGCGACUGGACGUCCUGGUCCGGCUGCUCCGGCGCUAAGAGGCAACAGUUUCGAAGCAGAAGGAUCUUCCAGGCACCGGCAGGGGAUGGAGCUCCCUGCGAUAAGGAGCUGCUGGAGACCAGCGGCUGCCCGCCGGUGGUGGAGACCGGCCUGGAGCACCUGCUCACGGACUGGCAAGCAUGGGAAGAAUGCGACAGGAGUUGCGGCGGCGGCCAAACCGCUCGCUAUCGCACGGCCUCGGGCAUCGCAAGAUAUGAUGCGGAGGAAGUGGCGCUCUUUCCUCUGAAGGAGGUUCGCGAGUGCAACACCGAGACUUGUGACGAAAGCAACGAGCUGGACUGCAUGCUCUCGAGCUGGGACGCUUGGUCCGAUUGCUCCUCCAACUGCGGCGUUGGCGCCAAGACACGUCACCGCAAGGUGGUGAAGCUGGCUGCCCCCGGGGGCAAGGGCUGCGAGGCCACGCUCAUGGAGUCGGACAUUUGCGACGAGGGCGCGUGCGUGUCACGGGACUGCAUGUGGGCAGACUGGGCCGACUGGUCCGGGUGCUCCUGUACUUGUGGCGGCGGCAUCUCCAGCCGGAGCCGCUAUGUGUUGGAGGCCCCCAGGAACGGGGGCAAGGCCUGCGACAACAACACCAAGGAAGAGCUCAAGGUUUGCAACAACCAGAGCUGCACCCCCGGCACCUGCAAGGACGGUGAAUGGGGCUCCUGGCAAGAGUGGGGCCGCUGCUCUGCCACGUGUUCAUCGAGCUUCCGAUCACGGAAGAGAGACAUCGAUGUUGCUCCCAACCACUGCGGCAAGGCUCCCACGGGGCUGCAGGAGGAGUUCGAGCCCUGCGACUUCCUGGCUGCCUGUCCUGCGCUGGAGGUAGUAGACUGCUCGGUGUCAGAUUGGGCAGAGUGGUCGGACUGCAGCUGCAGCUGCGACGGGGUCCGGGAGCGGAACCGCUUCGUGGCGCACUACGCCAAGCACGGCGGCCAGCCCUGUCAGGAGGAUCUCAGGGAGAUCGAGGCGUGCAACCCCAGCGUGGGGGAGCACCAGCCUCUCGGCUGCCCAGACCGUUUGUCCGCCGUGCCCGUGGACUGCGUCUUGGGGCAGUGGGCACCUUGGACGGACUGUUCCGUCAGCUGUGGCGGCGGCCAGCACAGCCGCCAUCGCCUGAUCGCAACGAAGCCCUCGGGUGGAGGGGAGGGCUGCAACGGCGUGCUGGCAAUCACAGAGCCAUGCUACCAGCCUCAGUGCAGUGAUGCCAAGUACCAGGAUUGCGAGCUGGCGCCCUGGACCGAGUGGAGCGGAUGCUCGGGGUGCCGGGGCCAGAAGCGCCGGCACAGGUCCAUCAUGAAGCUGCCGGAGGUGCUGGGCCGGCAGUGCCCGGCCGCCACACUCAAGGAGUCCACCGCCUGCAGCCUGGGAGUGGGAUGCGUGGAGGACACCUCCUACUGCGUAUGGUCAGCCUGGACGGGGGCCACCAGCUGCUUCGGGUACGGCGCAAGUACGGCCCUGCGGUCACGGACGCUGCAGGUUUCGCACGAUCGGCCGUUCGAGGGCGCCCUCUUCAAGGUCUUGGGGGAUUCCGCCGCCUGCUCCAACAUGGCGCAGGUGAAUGUGACCGCAUGCCCAGGGCACGGCCUGCAGUGCGUACCGCUGGACUGCGCGUUUUCCAGCUGGAGCGAGUGGGCGCAGGCGACGUCCUUCAUGUGUGAGCGGCACCGUACUGUGCAGACCCGCAACAACGAGUGUGGGAAGGGCUGCCAGGGCGCGCUGGAGGAGACCAAGGUGUGCGAGGUGGAGACGCCAGUCGACUGCAAGCUGGGGGAGUGGCAGGACUGGAGCUUCUGCGACAAGGACGACCCUACGGGCCAGAAGUACCGCUUCCGAAAAGUGGUCCAGGAGCCCAAGGGUGGCAGCCCAUGCAGCGGCAGCCUGCACCAGACCAGCCCCUGCAGCUCCAGUGAGGACCCUGUGGACUGCGAGCUAAGCCCCUGGGCCGAUUGGGCCAGCUGCAGCGAGAGCUGCGGACGGGGCUGGCAGGCCCGCAAUCGGAUGGUGCUCGCUGUCGCGAUGGGUGGUCAGAGGUGUGAGGACAAGCUGAAGGAGAUCCAGCCAUGCACCACUUAUUGCACCAACUACUUCCAAGAGCCAGUGGACUGUGUCCUGGGCGAGUGGGGUCAAUGGGGCCACUGCGAUCAGGCGGGCCUUCGGUACCGGGAGCGGCACAUGUUGAACCCGGCCAUCCACGGGGGCGCGGGCUGCCAGGGGAACCUGCUGGAGGCGGAAGCCUGCGACCUCAGAAAGGUGGACUGCGAGGUGUCGCCGUGGGUGGAGUGGAGCCCGUGCGACCGCAGCUGUGGCACAGGCCAGGUGAAGCGACAGCGGCAGAUCAUCACCUUCCCGGCGAACGGGGGGGAGCUGUGCCCCAGCGAGCUCAUCCAAACCACAGGCUGCAACCUGGGCUAUUGCCCCACCACCAACUGCGAAGAGUCCCAGUGGACCGAGUGGAGCCACUGCUCCGUCACCUGUGGGGUGGGCCAAGAGACGCGGACCAGGGAGAUCGCCAAUCUCAGGUCCUCGGCCGGGGAGGGCUGUGAGAGCCCCACCGCGGAGAGCCGGGAGUGCCAUCAGAACCCCUGCAGCAGCAAGGACUGCGAGGUGUCGGGCUGGACGGCCUGGAGCAGCUGCAGCGCCACUUGCGGCGGAGGCCAUCACACGCGGCACCGCAUGAUUCUGCAGCUCCCACAGCACGCGGGGAAUCUGUGCGAGGCAACGCCUCUAGAGGAGAUGGCCGCCUGCAAUGGCCAGUCUUGCGUGAAGCAGGUGUGCAUUGACGGCCAGUGGAACGACUGGGCGCAGUGGACCCCUUGCUCGGUGUCCUGUGGCGGGGGCACCACCUUCCGUGUGCGGCACAUCGGAGUGGCGGCCAACGACUGCGGCAAGGCGGUGGAGGGCUUAUCCAGAGACGACGCCUUCUGCAACACUGAGCCGUGCAAGGAGAUCAUGGAUUGCAUCAUUUCGGACUGGGAGGAUUGGACGGACUGCUCGGCAUCUUGCGACGGCGUGCAACGACGCGAGCGCAAGAUCCUGCAGCACGGCACUGAAGGAGGCGUUCUUUGCGAGGGAGUCCUCCACGAGAGGCAGCCGUGCAAUCCUGGGCUGUUGGACAUCUACCCCACGGGCUGUGGUGUGGGCGUUCCCCAGGACUGUGAGAUGAACGAGUGGUCAGAUUGGUCGCACUGCAGCGCAACCUGCGGAGGCGGUGUCCACGUGAAGCGGCGCUCCGUCCUGAAGGCUCGCGCCAACGGCGGCACGCCCUGCCCGGAAGGCUCGCUCACCAUGGUCAAGGGAUGUGGUGAGACUGCCUGCGAGACCGGCCCGCCGGUGGACUGCAAGUACGGCGACUGGGGGGAUUGGGGUCAGUGCGACAAGUGCGACGGGGAGCGCAAGCGCCUGAGACAAGUCGAGCACUUCGCGGAGAACGGGGGGGAGAAUUGCGCCGCCUUCGACGGGGAGGAGGUGGGCCCAUGCCCGCGGUCCUGCAGCCCGGGCUUUUGCUCCUGGGGCUCCUGGGGCUCCUGGGGCGCCUGCAGCGGCUGUGGCCGCAGCAGCCGCCGGGAGCGCAAGCGCUCCCUGGCCGCGGGCUCCGUGCACUCGCCUCCUGCGAGCGAGGCCCAGGUGGCGGCCGCAGCCCUGGAGACCCAGGCCAAGUACGCGGAGCAGCUGCGGCAGGCGAGAAGCCACUUUUCGGCGCUGAAGACGGAGGUGAAGAGCAUGCAGUCGCAGAGGUCGAAGCAAGUGAUGCUGUCCUUCGGCUUGGGCCUCAUGACGGUUCCGCUUCUCCUCGUCAUCUCUAGGCUGCCCUGGCACACGAGGAAUCCGGGGUAUUCUUAUUUGAUUUCAGCCGCAGCGGAGUGA